GUGGAAUGGCGGCAGGCGCCGGGCGGGGAAACCAGGUUCCACCGAGUCCGCCCUGUCAGCAUAGCUCUUCUCUUCAUUAUGAUGAUGCCUGCCACUCCAACUGGUACUAGCUAAACACGGCUGCCUGAAGAUUCUCGCUGAGGAAGUUGGCUUUAUUUUUCUUUAGUUUUUAUCAUUUCUGGCGGAAGUUAUCUAUCGUUGGGGCAUUUUAUCACGCAGCCUUACUCUUGGUGAUGCCGCCGUACUACGGUUGUACCGUUAUCGCCACUUGCAGCAACUAGGCUGCCACUCUACUCAUCAUCAUACCACACUCCUUCUCAUUUUCUAAUCUUACAAGUAUCCUCACCCUGUAUACAACCUUGUUUAAUCUUCAACAAAAUGUUGCAGCCGUUCCAAAUCAGGGAUCUGCAUGUAUAUCCCGCCGAGGAGAACCUCUAUGACUCUUCCACAGACAGCAUUAUUUCUAGCCCGCGUGUCGAUGAUACGCGGCCCAGGCGUCAUGGGAUCAUUACUUUAUCAGCUCCCGAGUACGACGAAAUCGCCUCUAAUCACCCAAAUGCCAUGCUAACCUACUUGGAUGAUGAUGAGGGUGAUAUUAUCACCGUGGGUUCUUCCUUCGAGCUCAGGCAGCGUCUUGAUGAACCAGUCGAUUACGUAGAGUCGAUUCUAAAUGACUCGCAUCCUAUGCAUUUAUUCGAUAUUCGUCGGUCAAAAUCCGUGACGGAGCUAUGGAAGGCAUUUGAACGACGAUCUGCGCCGCGUACACUGUCCUCAGAUGAAAGCAGCACAAUUACAAUGGAUAUCAAUAGAAAUGAACAGCCUGAAAUACUCAAAUCACGUUCCUCUUUUGAUUCAGAGAACCCAUGGAAUGCUACAGAUAGUACACCCAAGGCUUCUCAUUCAAAUACACAAGAUGACGAAACACCUACCAAUACAAGCUCCCACCAGGAGCCGCAACGUGGCUUGGCCAAUGAGAGUGGCUUUACCGCUCCUUCAUUUCAUUCUCAGGCUGAACCAGAGCCCUUCCUUUCGGCGUUUGAAGCUGAAAUGGCCAAGAUGCUGGAGGAGAAGGCUGCCAAGCCCGUAGAGGAACAAGCACACCCUUCUUCCUCUACAGAAGCCAAUACCUUCCAAUCUGACUCUACGCGGCCUAUGUGGCCCGGUGAUCUUGUGGCCAAUGUGCUACAAAGCGUUGUUGGUGGCAUGGAGAGUCUGGGGACUGAACUCCGAGCAAAGCUACCUGAAAUCGAACGCCGCCUCGCAGAUGCUCAGAAGAACAUUCCGGACGAUAUCAACGCCAAGGCCCGGACAGCUCUUACGGCUGUAGAAUCUCAAAUCAAGAACCUGGCACAAAUAAUACAAAAUGCUUCCGAUGCCUCAGGGCAGGCUGCCGAACGAGUUCGCCAAGCCGAACUUCGCUCUGCCGAGCAAAUUAUUGACGGCUUGGGAGGCAUAGCUCAGGGGUUUGAAGAUUUUGGAAAGACCUUAUUCGCCGCCUUCGAGGCUGAAUUUGGACAGAGAGACACUAGCACCCAAACGGAGGCUCGUACCAAUACUACUUCAUAUGAGAACCAUGAACAAUCCACGGCAGUGGAAUCGCAGAUGCCGGAGUCAUCUAAUACAGCAAAGUCGAGCUCUGAGGCUAACGCAACAGAGGAUUUGCAGCAACAAGUUCUGGGAACUGGAACUUCUGCAGGCUCGGGGGGGACCCCUCAACGUUCACUCAAUCCUUAUGCAACGACUACCUCACAAAUUCCGAGCAACCCAAUUCCCAUAGUCCAGUCGACCGCACCCAUAUUUACUCCGCGCCAUUAUCAUAUUCCUGAAGUCGCUCAUUUUGCAAAUUGGCCGAAUCGCUCAGCAUUCGUACCAUCACCCCCCCGUGCAAUCCCUUCACCGGUUGUUUCCGAUCACGCAAGCAGGCAGCAAUCUCAGCAUCCGAGCACUUCUCCAAAUAAUCCUGCCAAUGGUGUUGGGGUGCCCGCUACUAUCCAGUCACAUGUGCGACGUUUAGGUGCUACCACAGACUCUCUAUUCAUUGGCAAUGUCGGCUAUCAAGUGAACGAAAGGGUAAUAGAAGAAGUGUUUGCCUCGAGAGGGUUUUCUGCCCAGGUCCAAUUACCAAAAGACUCCUUCAGCGGAAGACACGCCGGAUUUGGAUAUGCUCGUUUUCAAUCGGCCCAGUUUGCAAAGGCUGCCCUUGAAAAGUUGCAAGGAAUAAUAAUUGACGGUCAUUCGAUAAAUCUGGAAUACUGUGAUAAUUCACCUAUUGAUACUUUACAAACCCGACCUUUUGCAACUGAGAGAGCGGCAGUAUCCGCGUCUUCAAAUUUCACUACGAGCCAACGACUCCGCCACCGUCAAUCAUGGCAUCCAAGUACUCGUCGGUCUAGGGAGCAACGUUCCGUAAAGACUUCAAGCCAAGAUGACCUCCCUAAAAUAUUCAGUGGAAACUCUCGGGGCGGCUCUCUCCGCAGCCGCACACGAGAUCUUGAUCGACCAAGAUCCCUUGUUGAGAGAAACACGUCACCAAAUCACCCCGAAGAGAGCCCAGAGUUUGCUGCUCGUUAUCCUUCUCUGCUUCCGUCUCGAGACAUAGAUGAGCUUCCACCAUCUGUCCCUAAGCGAUCUAUGACGUUUAGCCCCAACACAGAGAUGGCACGGUUUCCUCCUGUGUCUCAGUUAGAUGCGCACUUGUUAGCAAAUCGGUAUCGUUCUCAAAAUCAUAACAAUAAUGAACAACUCCAACCUAGCUUGCCUGCAAUGCCAUCGCUAUCAACAACUGACCACAUAGAAUCUGCGGUGCACCCCGAUGCGCAGCCCAUACAAGAAUCUCAAGAUGCGUCUUCAUCUGACACUAUUCGCGAAGCUUCUAGAGGUACAGACAUGGACAUCCGUCCACUUCGUCUUCGUCGGACUCGGGAAAGCACGCAGGCAACGCAACGUCCAAGCUUACAGGGAACACUUCCAGGGAGCUUUCCAGUAGAUAACGACACUGAACGAGCUACUCAUGAAAAUAAUGAAAACUCAGAUCAAGACAUGCAGACUGCUAUGAGACAAAGCGUUAUUGAUAAUUGUGUCGACAAUUUGGCGAUGCUAGGAUAUGAGACAGGACUCGAUGGGGGAAGAUACAGGCUCCACAUAUACGCCGAGGCAGCUGAAGGUAAACUUUCGGAAGCUAUUGACAUGAUUGAAGAAGAGAGACAGGCCUAUGAGCGAUAUAGGUCCUAGGUCGGGUUUAUUUAUUCACUUUCACUUCUGUUCGAGUACUGUGGGCAUUCUUAUUAUCGUGGUUCGAGCUUAUGUUAGUUUCGGGAAGAUUGAAUACGAUACAUCUCCUUUUAAGACAAUCUAAAAAUACAAUAUGCCGAUAGAUGACAGUGUCCCUGGGUUAUAGAUAGACACACCUACCAAAAGAGAGUUGGCCUUAUUACAUUUAUUGUAGUUUAUUGUAGAACGCUCAAUACGGUUAGCGCUAUGAAGCGGCACGUCAUUUGCGG